AAGGGAGCGGGUCGGUCGCAAGAAGCGCGCGCUCCUGCAGCGCCGGGAGUUUGGGGGAACGGAGGCAGGCAUCCUGCGGGGUGCUGCGUUUGCAGCCCGAGAGAGAGAGAGCCAGCGGCUCCUCCUUGACUCCCUUGGCCCGGGGCGAUUUCGAAGAAGCACACGAGGGAACUGGUGCAAGGGAAACAAAAGGCGGGCUCCGCUCCCCGCGGCGUAGCUGCUGUCUCCAGGCAGGCGGGGAAGUGCAGCCACUGCGGUGAGCCGCUUUCGGUCUUCCGCUUUUGGGGGGGGGUUCCGCUCCCCCUCAUUUGCACCCCCGCCGCCUCCUCCUCCUCCUCUGCUGCUGCUGCUCCUGGCGCGCUGACAGGAAGUGGCGCUGCCCCCUGGGGGUGUGGGUUCCUUCCUCGCACCGGUUUGAGGGGAUUGGGUUUCCCGAGCCCGUGUGACUCCUCUCGCGUGGCCCUCCUUGCUCGCUGGCCUGGGCCGGAGUCCCGGAGAGGGGGCGCGAAGAGCGGGCUCGGCCGGAUCGUAGUCGACCUGCAAACUUCGCUCGAGGUGAAAAGUCGGAUCAUAGACCGAGAGGACAGGGGAGGGACCGCGCGCACCUUUGCCUCUUGAUGCUCAUGAUUACUCUUGCCUGUAGAUUAUGGGUACAACUGCCAGCACAGCUCAGCAGACAGUGGCAACAGCAACUUUUGAGAAUAUUCACAGCAACGGAACCAUGGAAGACCGCCAUUCCCUUAGCAUCCACUCCUUCCAGACGGUUGGCCUCCACAACAACAAAGCCAAGUCGAUUAUUACCAAUAAGGUGGCCCCUGUAGUCAUUACCUACAAUUGCAGAGAGGAAUUUCAGAUUCAUGAUGAUUUGUUGAAGGCUGGCUAUACUGUGGGGCGCAUUACAGAGGCUACUCCAGAACACUACCUUGUACAGGGGAAAUAUUUUAUGGUCCGUGAUGUUUACAGCAAGUUAGAUGUUCUCAACACUUCUAUGAGCUGUGGGGCUCCAAAUUUUAGACAGGCCAAAGGCGGGUAUUCAGUAUUUGGAAUGGGCCAGCCUAGCUUGCUUGGAUUCAAGCAGGUUCUGCAGAAACUUCAGAAUGAUGGCCAUAAGGAAUGCAUUAUAUUCUGUGUUCGUGAGGAACCUGUGCUGUUUCUGCGAAUGGACAAUGACUUUCUGCCCUAUACCCCUAGAGGAAAAGAGAACCUGCAUGAAAAUUUGCAUAACUUGCAGAAAGAUGUCAAAGUAGAAACCUUGGAGCUCUCUAUUCGAAAAGAGAUACAUGACUUUGCCCAGUUGCGUGAGAAUACGUACUAUGUCUACAAUGAUAUUGAGCAUUUCAAAGAUGAGCCACAUUCAGUGAGCAUCCACUGUGAGGAAGACAUCCAUGUGACAGAGGAAGUCUACAAGAGACCAGUCUUCCUGCUGCCAUCUUACAGGUAUCAUCGAUUACCUUUGCCUGAAGAUGGAGCUCCUUUAGAAACCCAGCUUGACACCUUUAUCAGUUUCCUCAGGGAAAGUCCUAACCUUCUUCUUCUUCAAGAUUCCACAAGGCCACCUCCUACUCUACUCUUUAGCUGCCAGACAGGAGUUGGAAGGACUAAUUUAGCCAUGGUCUUAGGCACUCUGGUGCUUUAUCACCGCAAGGGUGCUUCAAAAAAGCAAGAUCAUAGCCUUCCACAGUCCAGUAAAUUCCUGCCCAGGGAUCAGUUUCGGGUUAUUCAGAACUUCAUUGACACAGUGCCCAAAGGCCAGCAAAUAGUGGAGGAGGUGGAUUCUGCCAUCUCCUUAUGUUCAGAAAUGCAUGACAUGAGGGAAGCCAUCUAUGAAUAUAAGAAGAAAUUGGAAGGGAUCGGAGAAGAUUACCAAAUCCAGGGGAACAGCACCAAAGAGUAUUUCCUUCAGAGGACAUUACGGAGCCUUGAGCGCUAUUUCUGCCUAAUAGCUUUCAAUUAUUAUCUUCAUGAACAGUACCCCCUAGCUUUUGCUCUCGAUUUCAGUAGAUGGAUGUGCAGGCACCCUGAGCUGUACAGGCUUCAGGCAAACAUGAACCUGUCGGAACUGACAAUCACAUGUGAGCAGAUAACUAAGGGAGUACGGGUGUUGGUUGUAGAUGAACGCUUUUCUCCAGAUGUACUUAGCACAGUCAAGGAGAUGAGUGUGGCCAACUUCAGGAGGGUUCCCAAGAUGUCUGUGUAUGGGAUGGCCCAGCCCAACUCCAAGGCUAUUGGGAGUGUCUUGAACUAUCUGACAGAUGCAAAGAGGAAGUAUUCUCACAUCUUGUGGGUUAAUCUCCGUGAAGAAGUGGUUCUGGAGGGGAAUGAGCAAACGUAUACUCUCAGGGAAGUUGGUAACAUGGACCAGCAGAUAACAAUCCCUGCAACAUCGCCUGAACAGCUAGAAAAAUUGGAAUCUGUCUUGAAGACUGACUUGCUGAAAUCCCAGAAAUGGAUUGAAGUUUAUCUGGAGCAGGAAAAGCAAAUGAAGAUGUUCAGGACAUGCCUGACAAUGCAGGAGGUAUUUAACCAGCAUAAAAGCACCUGCCAGAGACUGGUAUACAAACGGAUCCCAAUUCCAGAUUUCUGUGCUCCACAGGAAAAGGACUUUGACCAGUUGCUGGAAGCGAUGAAGGCUGCUCUGGCUGAGGACUCCCAGACAGCCUUUGUCUUCAAUUGUCACAGUGGAAGAGGAAGAACCACAACAGCCAUGGUUAUUGCUGUCCUCAUCCUUUGGCAUUUCAGAGGAAUCCCUGAGAUAGUUGAGGAUGAGAUUGUGAGUGUGCCUGAUGCCAAGUACACCAAAGGAGAGUUCGAGGUGGUGAUGAAGAUGGUCCAGAUAUUGCCAGAGGGACACCACAUGAAGAAGGAGGUGGACAUGGCACUGGACACCGUGAGUGAGACAAUGACACCCAUGCAUUAUCACCUGAGGGAAAUCAUCAUAUGUACCUACAGACAGGGGAAGACUGCUAAGGAGGACAAGGAGAGGCAGACGCUGAAGCUGAGGAGUUUACAGUACUUGGAACGCUAUAUCUAUCUCAUCCUGUUCAAUGAGUACCUUCACUUGGAGAAAAAGGACUCCUGGCAGAGGCCUUUCAGCAUCUGGAUGCAGGAGGUGGCAGCUAAAGCUGGAGUCUAUGAGAUCCUGAACCAGCUGGGUUUUGCUGAAUUUGAGAACCUAGAGGACCAGCCGCUCUCCCGGCUUCGCUACCGCUGGCAGGAGCAAUGCCGUAGCUUCCUGCCAUUCCGGGGAGGGUUCGUUUAGGACCCAGCAUUCCCAAGGGCUUAAAGGAUUGCCAUGGUUCUCAACAUGAAACUGACUCUCUGCUGUUUUUGUGAAUAUUUGUGUUUUUUUUUUUAAAAACGCUUAAAUAUAUAAAUAAAUAAAUGAACAAUAUGAAGAAAAGUGCCUUGAGGAAAGACCAUGAGUCCAAGGAAAAUAAGUUAAAAACUGCCUUGAAGACCAUUUUUUUUUACAGGGGACUUUCAGAUACAAUAAAGUAAAUUAAAAUAAAUUAGGACAGGUGUCAAUGCAGGUGCUGUGUACUUUCCCCUGAAUCCCUGAAUGUUUUAAAACAUGCUACAAAUGGGUGCUAUGGAGGUUGUUUUCAAAGAUGUUUCCAUGGACUCAUCGUGCUACGACAUGGCGUAGAAGGACAUGAUUUGUAUAUGCUGAUGCAGAAAAUGCAUGCAUGGUCAACACAAUUGAACAAUUGUUUAAUUAUUUCCUACAUAUUUUUCUUGUUGCAUUUUAUCCUGAUGGUUUACAUUUUUAUUUAUGAGAAUGCUUCUGGAGUAGAGAUGUGAGCUGCUGUAGUUGGACAAGUGCUCUGAGGAAAGAUUGGCAUACCAAAGAAGAUACACUGAUGAUGAAAACUCCUGAAUUGUUUGGGCUUACAAGCACGGUGUCCAUCUGAUUCAAGCAGAUCUGCUCUGCAGACAGCUGCUUUGCAACUCUUUCCCCCUUUUCAGUUUAAGUGUUCCCUUCUGUUCUUGGCAGAAGAUCAGCUCUCCCAUGCUGCACACAUCUGCUUGAUUGUCCUUUAUUUACAAACAUAUAAGUUGAGCAGGUUUUAAGAACACUUGUCCUAGAGCAGCAUUGAUUCUCCUGAAGGUUCAAGAUCUAAACUUGAGGUCACUGCAUUAUUUACAUAAAGUUAAAAUUACAGGGCCUGUCACACUCUUGGUCCACCUCGCUAACUAUUCUGUGCACUUAUUUGCCCCACAAGCAGUUGUCUCAUCAUUCACAUAGCUGAUCUACAAGAACUAAGUUGGCCUGUGGGCUGCUUUUUGCCACUCCUCUAUUCCAUCCCAGUUCUAGAGGAUUCUUAUGCGAGAUACAUGCUCAUCUUCCGAGGGCCAAAAUAUAUGUUACAGAUAUUUCAUUAGAAAUGGGAACCAAUUAGUGUUACAAAGAUGUGGCAUUCCUGGCUGAUCUUUGAUUCUUCCAAAUAAAGUGAUGUCCAAAUCAAAAACAAAGCAAGCUAAUUUUGCUCACUAUAGAGAAACAGCCCAUGCUUGUAACAGACAUUUCAAUACUUUCCGCUUCUAGUGAUAGAUGACCUGUAAUGUAUAGUUCAGCCCUGACAGAUGUCCAGUCCCUAACGAGAACACCUUUUUGUUUACAAACAGAAAUUGAGAUAUAAACUAAAACCUUGGGAGAUGUGGCAUUUGUGCAUGACUAGUAUGAGCCAAUUGGUUUGGUAAAAGGAAAAGGUGCAGUGCUGUGGGUUUAGCUGCAUUUAUGCUUCUGAUGAUUGAGGUAAGUCAUAUCUUGGUGGUGCUGAACAAGAUGGGACAGAAAGAUGCCUUCAUUUGUAAAAUGCUGGAUCUGAGCAUCCAAGAACAAAGGAAUGUGUCUAAA